AUGCAUCGUUCCUCUCUCUCACACAUACUUCCAUUCCAUAUUUGAACUACCUUUUAUCGGUGCAUUUCAUUAGCAUUAGCUUAGCUAGAUUUGUAUGGCAACGCUGCAAGGAUUGCUACCAGUGUACUACCAUUCUCGGCCAUGGGCUAAAACACUGAUGAAUCUUUCAGUACCAUACUGGAGAUGCACUGGUACCGCUGGUCGAACAAGAAUCAUGGCGGCGGACAUGAACAAGUGCUCACCUGCAACACGGCCGGCCGACAUAGCAGCUCAUGAUAGAAGCGCGGCCGCAUCAGCGAUUAAGCCGAAUAAGAAGAAGCAGCAGCAGGAGGAAGAGGGUGACGAGGAAUGGCUGAGGUACCUGGAGCCGUCCAAGCUGGAGGUGUUCGACCAGCUGGAGCCGUGGGCGGAGGCCAACGUGCUGCCUCUUCUCAAGCCCAUGGAUGCGGCGUGGCAGCCGUCGGACAUGCUGCCUGACCCGGCGAUGCUGGGGGCCGACGGCUUCCACGCGGCCUGCUGCGAGCUCCGUGCCCGCGCGGCCGGCAUCCCCGACGCGCACCUCGUCUGCCUCGUGGGCAACAUGGUCACCGAGGAGGCGCUGCCCACGUACCAGAGCAUACCCAACCGGUUCGAGGGCGUGCGCGAUCUCACCGGCGACAGCGGCACCGCCUGGGCGCGCUGGAUCCGCGGCUGGUCCGCCGAGGAAAACCGCCACGGCGACGUGCUCAACAGGUACCUCUUCCUCUCCGGCCGAGUCGACAUGCGGCGGGUCGAGACGACCGUCCACCGGCUCAUCCAGUCCGGCAUGGUCAUGAACGCCGCGCGGAGCCCGUACCACGGCUUCAUCUACGUGGCCUUCCAGGAGCGCGCCACCUCCAUCUCGCACGGCAACACGGCGCGCCUCGCGGGGGAGCACGGCGACGCGGCGCUCGCGCGCGUGUGCGGCGCCAUCGCCUCCGACGAGAAGCGGCACGAGGCGGCCUACACUCGCGUCGUGGGGAAGCUGUUCGAGGUCGACCCGGACGGCGCCGUGCGGGCGCUGGCGUACAUGAUGCGCCGCCGGAUCACCAUGCCGGCGUCGCUCAUGGACGACGGAUGCCACGCGCCGGGCGGCGACCUCUUCGCGGACUACGCGGCCGUGGCGCAGCAGGCCGGGGUGUACAGGGCGUCCGACUACCGCGGCAUCGUGGAGCACCUGAUCAAGCAGUGGCGCGUGGAGGAGCUGGGUGACGGGCUCACCGGCGAAGGGAGGCGCGCCCAGGAGUACGUCUGCGCGCUGCCGCACAAGAUCCGCAGGCUGGAGGAAAGGGCCCACCACCGUAGUGCUCAGCGGGCCACAACGUCCGUCCCGUUUAGCUGGAUCUUCUGUAGGCCCGUCAACCUCUAAUCGCGGCUCUGCGCUCACUGCAUCCUCAUCUUUUUUGUUUUGUUUUGCAAGAUUGCAUCCUCAUCAUUCCUCAAGGGAUUUCACAUGAGCUGCACGUCGGCACAGCUCGGCGAAGUUUUAUUACUCCGUAUUUAUAAUCUCGAAAACUGUAUUUGCUCUUAUAAAAUAUUUCAAUAACAAGAAAAGUUUAGUAUGUGUUAAAAAAAUAA